AUCAUGCUCCUGCGUCUUAUGUCAGCAGUUGCGUGGUUCCCAUGGUGACCAGGAGCUGGGCCCGAGAUCAGAGCGCCCCCAGCCAGGCCCACUGCGGCCCCUGAGCAGCGAUGCCCAGACCCAGUGAUACUCUGUGGGAUAUUGCUAAAGCCGAAGUGGAGAAAAAAAAUCUUGAAGGCGAUGGAGUGGAAGUUUGGGAAAAAUCACUACUCUUUAUGGGAAACAAAAAUGGGGGAAAGACUACUAUUAUACUGAGGUGUCUUGACAGGGAUGAAAUUCCAAAACCAACAUUAGCCUUGGAAUAUACUUUUGGAAGACGAGCAAAAGGUCAUAACAGACCAAAAGACAUUGCACAUUUUUGGGAACUAGGUGGUGGAACCUCAUUAUUGGACUUGAUUUGUAUACCAAUAACUAAUGACAACAUAAGGACUUUUGCUAUAAUUCUUGUUUUGGACCUUUCCAAACCUAAUGAACUGUGGCCAACCAUGGAGAGUCUCCUACAGGUCACCAGGAACCAUGUGGAUAAAAUUAUAACUAAACUGGGAAAAACAAAUCCUAAAGUAGCUACUGAAAUUAAACAGAGGAUGUGGAACAAUAUGCCGAAGGAUCACCCAGAUCAUGAACUAAUUGACCCUUUUCCAAUCCCUCUGGUGAUAAUUGGAAGCAAAUAUGAUAUUUUUCAUGAGUUUGACUCUGAGAUGAGGAAAAUAAUGUGCAAGACACUUAGAUUUGUUUCGCAUUAUUAUGGAGCAUCACUAGUGUUUACCAGCAAAUCUGAGGCCCUCCUGCUAAAAGCCCGUGUUCUUAUUAAUCAUUUGGCAUUUGGCUUUGACAGAAGCAAAUCCAUAUCAGUGGAUCAGAAUAAACCAUUGUUUAUCCCAGCAGGAUUGGAUUCUCUAAAUCAAAUAGGACCACCACCUGCCUCUGACAGUGAUAUUGGAAAACUGCAUGCACAUACACCUGUGGAUUUGUGGAAAAAAAUAUAUGAAAAAACAUUUCCACCUAAGAGUACUGGGGACUUAAAAGAUGUCAGUGAUCCUGCCCAGGAUCCACAGUAUGCUGAGUAUGAAGUUGAUGCAAUGCGAACUCAGAAGAAUCAGGUGCAAACGUUUCUAUGCUUCCCCUAGCAUCUCCGUCCCUGAGGUUAUCGCAGAUUAGAAGGCGAAAAAAAUGCACUCGCGGUGACAUGUUUUCUGAGCUCAUGUAGUCCUCCCACACUGAGAGGGCACAGCUAAAUGCGUGGAAGCAUUCAGUGGCAGUGGCAAGGAAAACAUUAAGUGAGCACGAUGAGAAGAGCCAGGAGGCAAUGCUGAGGCUAAUGGGGGGAACAAAUGGACAUGAUGAGGCAUCUGGUGGAGCUGCAGGAAAGCCAACAAGAGCACAAACUGCCGCUGCAUCCACUGUAUAACCAUUUGCCCUCCUCCUCAAGUUACUUUCUUAGGAGCUAUCACUAGCUUUUUAAAGAUCAUCUACAGACAUUUAAGAGCUUUUUGUGUUGCUUAAAACUGGAAAUUGCUUGCCUGUUUUUUGAACUUCAGAUCUUUUUGUGAGAUUGAUUAUAGUUUAAAAAAAAUACAUCCUGGGAUUUAAGGAUUUAAUAAACUUUUGGGAAAAUGGAAAGCAAUUAAUGGAGACAGUUAUGAUCACAUCAUAAAAAGAUUCAAUUAUUAGCUGUACUCUGCAUUAACUUCUGCAAGAAACUCUGGAGAACUGAAGUGAGACUAUGCCACAGUAAGAAGCCACUCUUCCCAAAAACUCUCAGAAUGCCAGCUUCAAACUGUUUGCACAGACAGGCUUCCACAGGAUUGGAGGCUGUGGGCCCCUCUACCCUUGUGCAUGCCAUGAAAAUGAUAUAAGACCUGACCCUUCAGAACCUGCCAAAUCCCUUAAAUAAUGAAGGGCCAAAUUCUGACAGCCUUACUUAGGCUGAGCAUUACCUUAAUCCUUGAUUAACUUGUGGAGUAAGAAACUAUUCAAUAUGACUUAGGCUGACAGAAUUAGACCUUAAAUAAGUAUAUGAAGUUAGCCUAACGUCUAUAUUUGGACUGUUCAAGGUAUUUCCUAUUAGAACUACAAAGCAGUACUGCAAAUACUGAGAUAAUCUAUUUGUCUUAGAUUCACACGUUUUUAAGAGCCAAAACAAGCAUUUUGUCUCAUUUUUGUGUUGUUUAUUAGAACAUUUUCACCAAAAUUCUAACUCACUGAGGCUAUGUCUACACUACGUAGCCCAUGUCAGCAUAGCUAUGCUGUCAUAGAUCCCUCGUGUGGAUGCAGCAUACACUGACAGGAGAAGUGACAGAUUCUCUGUCAAUAGAAGUGCUCUUAUGGCUGCACUGGGAGUUUUGUCGGUAUAGCUAUGUCAGUCCAGGGUGUAGGUUUUUCUCACUCCAGACCAGCGUAGCUAUGCUGGCAUAAGUUUUAAGUGUAGACAAGAGCUAGAGGUAGGGCAAGUACUAUAUCAUCCCUAUGCCUUUUCUUUGCUUUUCUGAUCUCUCUGAAAGGCACUAUCAUAAAGCUAUUUCCUGAAGGCCUAUUCCUGACAGAGGAAUUUAAGAGCACCGUAAUGAGAAUAUAGUUUUAAGAAGGUAGAACUGUCUCAAUGCUUACCAGUAUAUAAAGGUGCUGAAAAUCGCCACACUGAUGAUACUGAAGGGAAGGAAAUGUAGUAUGUAUGCUAACAAUAUUUGCCACUUCUGAUAUAAGCCAUCUUUGCUUUCAUGGUCACUGACAGCACGUAAUGGAGGAACUGGAGUGGAAAGUACAAUAGAAAUUAAACCAUUAUUGACCAAAAUUACAAUGCAGAAGUUGAUGCUCGCAAAGCUUAGACAAGGCAACAUGACAACUCUUAGAAUAUUUCAGAAGCACUUUGUUCGAACCCAUCUGGGUGGCCUAGUGCCAGUGCAUGUGAAAACCAUGUUCACUAGUAGAUCAGAUAGUCUAUACACUUAACCAGAGGCAGCCAGAUGCAUCAUGGGAGAUACAAGCUUCAUCUCUAGCAGGUAAGAAUCUGACAUUACUCAUAAGAAGUGUCCUUGAUGGUUACGGAGAUGUCCAUCUUCUAUGAUGAGGAGGGCCACAUAUGUGCCCUUGACAGAAAAGACAGUUUUCACCCUUCAAACAGAUGUAUUGUUAAUACAUGGGAGGCCAACAUAUGGCACUUGCAAAAGAAAAAGCAUGUGAAAAUAACAAUACUCAUAAGAUACCACAACAUAAUACUUUCAAGGAUAAAAAAGUCUAAUCAAGACUUCUGUCCUUAGUCACUGUUGAAGCCAGCCAUGUCAUAUGCCCUUUCAACCUUUCCAUGCGCAUACCUGUGAUCUCAAUUAACAGAGUGCAAAUUUGCAGCUAGACUUUGUCCUGCCUUUACACAGCCAGACAGGGGCAUAGGAGGAAGUAAGGACUAUUCUCUACUUGCAUAAUUCAUGUAAGAGCUAGACAAAAAUGCAGCCCCAGCACAGAGGCCGAAAGUGAACAAGGAAGGACAGGGAUUAGGUGGAGCCACAGUUCCAUGCCCAUGCCAGGGGAGCAUGCUAUACUCUUUAAAUAAGUGUAAUAACUUACUUCACUGAACACAAUCAGGUUGCUUUGAGUUAUAUGGUCUUUGUGUGUGGCACUAUACCUUCCAUUGCUUUCCUGUGGGACAUUGUGCUUAUGUACCACCUCUUAUUAUGGGCUAUCUGCUAAAACCAUGAUGUAGCUCUUAAAAUUAGCAUCCUUAAAGGCCUUUUUCAUAGUAUAUACAGUACUUGCUGUGCAUCACAUGGAGGAACAAAUAACUUACACAGGGCAACAGCAUUGAGCAUUCCUGUAUAAGGUAGAGCACUCACACACUGGUAAAUGAGCCCUAUGCGAUCUUGCAGUGCUCCUUUU